ACUUCCGUGUUUGGGUUUGGCCGGGUACGCGGGCGGUAUUGUGGGUGCGGUGCAGCAGCAUCCUUGAGGACGGCGACAAUGGCAGAUUUAUCACUAUAUCUCACCAACGUUAAUGUGUCAAUCGGACAAAACAUUAAUGUUGACCAGACCCUGACCCCGGUGAAGGACUUUGAGUGCGUGGAGCUGGAGGGCGUGGAACCAAGCGAGGGGCAUAAGGAGCCGGUUGCCGAGCCGCGGGAGAAGCCUCCUCGUCGGGUAAUCCAUUUCUCCAGCGGGGAGACCAUGGAGGAGUACAGCACCGACGAGGAGGGCGGAGACGAGCCCGAAAAGAAGGACCUGCUCGCCGCAACCCCGCCGGUCGAUGCGGCAAGGAUGACGUGGGGACCGUAUUUCUGGUUCAACAUGUGGCGUGCCGCCACCUCAACUAUCUCAGCGUGUGACUACCUCGGCGAGAGAAUGGCCUCCCUCUUCGGAAUAACGUCCGCCAAGUACCAGUAUGCCAUCGACGAGCACAACAGGAUCCGGAAAGAGAAUGAGGAAGAGAACGAAGAAAACCGGUUGUCGGAAGAGGCAGAGCGAUCCUUUUCCAAAUCGCAGGUGCAGGAAGACAGAGUAGACGAGCCAAUCGCCAUGCCGGAUCGGCCAGAGGUCCCGCCUACUCAUCUUGACGUGACUUAUCAGGUUGAGAAUGAGCAAAUGGUACCUUCGACCACCAUUACUGUUCCGGUCGUUGUCACAGAAACCUAAUUUCUUGGAAAUGGGUGUUCAUGCGUUUACAACCACAUCUUUUCUUAUUUUGUGUUUAAAGAAAACGUUUUUCAAAGUGCACUGCCCUUGUGCAGUAUAGUGAAUUAUAGAACACAGACCUACAGAAAGGGAAGUGGACCCUCUUCAGUUAGGUGUCACCAAACCCAAAUUAUGGGUCUUCUACUUUAUUUCCCAGGGUUUAGGAGUCCAAUCUUCACUUGUUUACUCUCCUAACACGUACCCUGCUAGAAGAGGAGCAGACUCACAAUUAGUGUUAUGAUCGAACCCUAUGUUUAUUCAAUGAUAACAGCUCUGUUAAAAGGUCCACUGCCCUUUCUGAAGAGCUGUAUUCUAUACCACACUAUACUGCAAAAGGGCAGUGCCCUGGUGCUCACAGCAACACCUUCGUUUAUCCUACCAUGAGGUCGCUGUGAGAAGUCAGUUACACUGUGACCUGGUUCCAACGGCAGGGAUGGGAAUUGUAGUCUUUUGAGAUGUGUCUAGAUCCCCAUCUUCCCAGAGGAAGAUUCCAUGGUCUUCCUCCCGUUCCAAUAUAAAAUCAACCAUAAAACAUUUUUUGAUUUCUUUCCGUUUACAUCUUUUCAGCCACUGGCAAGAUUUAACUUCCCUAAAAGUGCAUUUAAACAAAGGGCUUACAUCAAAGUCUUUGUGGCAUUUUUAUUUUCCUUCAAGAACAUUUGUUUCGAGUGUAUGUUAGCAUCUUUAUCCUACCUAAAUAUUGGGUGGAAUUGCACACUGAUAAUGCAAAGAAAAAGCCAGUUGUUUUGCCAAAGAGCUGUUGUUUUCACAUGAUUCGUUUUGCUCCACAACUAAUAAGGAUUCAUGGCUUGAACAUAACGUUUGUAUAGUUAUUCAUGCCUUACUGGGAGCACUUCACAGCACCUUUUAGCCUUAAACUUAAUGUUUUGUUACUAAAAAUCAUAUUUUAAAGGGGUCCAAGCACUCACAAUGUCUUUCAGCUUGUAAUGGAAGAAAAUAACUUUCUAGGUCAUCACAAUCCUAUUGCAAUGAGAUCCUGUUGUAGAAAAGUGUCUUAAUUUAAAUUGUUUUAUUAAUUUGUAUUUAUUUAACUUGACACAGUUUACGUUUUUUUGUCUAAGUAACCAAAUGCACUGUUCGUAAAGUUAUUGUAAAUGUUUAUCAAGAUAAUUUAAUCGUCCGUUUUUAUAAAAUGAAAAGAUGGAAAAUAAAUAACAUUUUACUCAAAUCUUC